UACUUGCAUUUCCGUAAAUUUAAUUUUGAGUUAUUUUUGUUUUUCCUAUAGUAGAUAUAUAGUAAAGGAAUAAAUUAUCGGCAAUGGAUUGUAUAAGAAGAAGAGGUAACGACGCAAUGUUGUUUUGUAAAAUGAAGGAAGGAAGAUUUCUGACAUAACGAAAAAGUGAUGAUUCUUGGAUUGAAGAAGCAAACGCAAACCCUGGGCAUAGUCAAAUCAGCAAGCUCCUACUACUUAGCUUCCCGACGAAAUUAUCACUCGUGGAGUGGUCAAGUGGAGAAGAAGAAGGAACAGGAUGGGUUGUUUCUGCACAAGAGCAAAGGCCAACACCUUCUUACCAACAACAGAAUCCUCGACGCCAUUGUCCGAAUCUCCGAUGUCAGGCCGACCGAUACAGUCUUGGAGAUCGGACCUGGUACUGGAAAUCUCACGAUGAAGCUUCUAGAAGCUGCCCAGAAUGUCGUCGCCGUCGAGAUAGAUAAGCGUAUGGUGGAGAUUCUCGGCAAAAGGGUUGCCGACCAUGGUCUUGAAGAUAAACUUACGAUUAUUCAGAAAGACGUCCUGAAGACAGAUUUCCCUCAAUUUGAUCUCGUGGUGGCAAAUAUUCCGUACAACAUAUCUUCCCCUCUUGUAGCGAAGCUUGUCUACGGCUCCAAUGCCUUCCGCAGCGCCACGCUCUUGCUCCAAAAGGAAUUCUCCCGCCGCCUCUUGGCGAAUCCGGGAGACUCCGAUUUCAACAGAUUGGCCGUGAACGUGAAGUUGGUAGCUGAUGUUCAAUUCGUCAUGGAUGUGAGUAAGAGAGAGUUUGUUCCACCCCCUAAAGUUGAUUCAUCUCUAGUUAUCAUCAGGCCAAAGGAGGUUAAACCAGAUGUUGAUGUUCAAGAAUGGCUGGCGUUUACUCGCACGUGUUUCGGGAACAAGAAUAAGACGCUUGGUUCCAUGUUUAGGCAGAAGAAGAAGGUCAUUGAGCUGCUGAAUUUUUCUGCUGGGAGGAAUGGUGCCAAGGUUGGAGUUAUGAACCAGAAAUGUGGUAAUUUUGACAGUGAAGUUGAAGAAGCUAAAGACGAAGAUGAAGAUUGGAUAAAUCAUUCAUUGUGUUUGGAUACAGAUGCUAGUAGUAUGUUCAAGGAAAGGUUAAUUGGAGUUCUGAGUUCGAAUGGGUUCCAAGAGAAGAGACCAUCCAAGCUUUCUCAUGGUGAAUUAUUACAUUUGCUUUCUUUGUUUAACCAAGCUGGCAUUUUUUUCCAUGAUAUUACUUCCUUACCAAUGGAUCUUCACGAAUAAUCAAUACUACUCAUUCUCUCUAGUAAGAGCCAUAGCAUAAUAUCACCGGCUUCUGACAA